AUGAGCGUGGUUGGUUUCGAUUUCGGUAACGAGAGUUGCGUUGUUGCGGUUGCGAGGCAGAGAGGGAUUGACGUUGUGCUCAAUGAUGAGUCCAAGCGUGAAACGCCCGCCAUUGUGUGCUUCGGUGACAAGCAACGCUUCAUUGGCACUGCCGGUGCUGCCUCCACUAUGAUGAACCCUAAGAAUUCAAUCUCACAGAUUAAGAGACUCAUUGGUAGGAAAUUCGCUGAUCCCGAAUUGCAGCGGGAUCUUAAGUCAUUGCCGUUUCUCGUCACUGAGGGGAGUGAUGGGUACCCGUUGAUUCAUGCGCGAUACAUGGGUGAGGCCAAGACAUUUACGCCUACCCAAGUGUUUGGAAUGAUGCUGUCGAAUCUUAAGGAAAUUGCGGAGAAGAAUCUCACUACGGCAGUUGUUGAUUGUUGCAUUGGAAUCCCGGUUUAUUUCACUGAUCUGCAGAGAAGGGCGGUGUUGGAUGCGGCCACAAUUGCUGGUCUGCACCCGCUUCGGUUGAUUCACGAAAUGACUGCCACUGCCUUGGCCUAUGGGAUUUAUAAAACGGACCUUCCGGAAAAUGAUCAGCUGAAUGUUGCGUUUGUUGAUGUUGGACAUGCUAGCUUGCAAGUAUGCAUUGCUGGAUUCAAGAAGGGGCAGCUGAAAGUGUUGGCUCAUUCGUAUGAUAGGUCUUUCGGCGGUAGGGAUUUUGAUGAGGUUUUGUUCCAUCACUUUGCUGAGAAGUUUAAGGACGAGUACAAGAUUGAUGUUUUUCAAAAUGCCAGGGCUUGCAUAAGGCUCAGGGCUGCCUGUGAGAAGAUCAAGAAGAUGCUUAGUGCAAAUCCUGAGGCACCUCUCAACAUUGAGUGCUUGAUGGAUGAGAAGGAUGUCCGGGGCUUCAUCAAGCGAGAUGAAUUUGAGCAACUAAGUCUUCCAAUUUUGGAACGUGUGAAGGGGCCUCUGGAGAAGGCACUUGCUGAAGCAGGUCUUACCGUCGAAAAUGUGCACACGGUUGAGGUGGUUGGUUCAGGUUCUCGUGUGCCGGCCAUUAACAAAAUAUUGACAGAGUUUUUCAAAAAGGAGCCUAGGCGGACAAUGAAUGCUAGUGAGUGUGUUGCUAGGGGAUGUGCGUUGGAAUGUGCAAUUCUUAGUCCAACGUUCAAAGUACGAGAAUUUCAGGUCAACGAAAGCCUUCCUUUCUCGAUUUCUCUUUCAUGGAAAAGUUCUGGUCCAGAUGCACAGGACAAUGGACCAGAAAAUCAGCAGAGUUCCCUUGUUUUUCCCAAGGGUAAUCCCAUACCAAGUAUCAAGGCACUGACAUUCUACAGGUCAGGAACAUUCUCUGUUGAUGUACAAUUUGGUGAUGUGAGUGGGCUGCAAACACCUGCUAAGAUCAGCACCUAUACUAUUGGUCCUUUCCAAACUACAAAUGGUGAAAAGGCAAAAGUUAAAGUGAAAGUUCGUCUGAAUCUGCAUGGAAUUGUAUCCCUUGAGUCUGCAACGCUCCUGGAAGAGGAAGAAGUUGAUGUUCCAGUUAGCAAAGAAGCAGCAGGGGAAAAUACUAAGAUGGACAUCGAUGAAGUCCCAGCUGAGGCCGCUGCACCUCCUUCCUCCAAUGACACUGGUGCUAAUAUGGAAAAUGGAAAGGCUAGUAUUGAUGCCUCUGGGGUUGAAGAUGGCAUCCCUGAGAGUGGAGGUAAGCCUUUGCAAACAGAUACUGAUACCAAGGUUCAGGCUCCAAAGAAAAAGGUUAAGAAAACAAACAUUCCUGUAGUAGAGUUAAUUUAUGGAGCAAUGGUGCCUGUGGAUGUCCAGAAAGCACUAGAGAAGGAGUUUGAAAUGGCUUUGCAAGAUCGUGUGAUGGAAGAAACAAAAGACAAGAAAAACGCAGUUGAGGCUUAUGUUUAUGACAUGAGAAACAAGCUUAAUGACAAAUACCAAGAGUUUGUCACUGCUUCAGAGAGAGAUGAUUUUACUGCUAAACUUCAGGAAGUGGAAGAUUGGCUUUAUGGUGAGGGUGAAGAUGAAACUAAAGGUGUAUAUACUGCCAAGCUUGAGGAACUCAAAAAGCAUGGUGAUCCAAUUGAUGAGCGUUACAAAGAAUUCAUGGAGAGGGGUACUAUAAUCGAACAGUUUGUCUAUUGUAUAAAUAGUUACAGACAAGUUGCAAUGUCGAAUGAUCCCAGAUUUGAGCACAUUGACAUUAACGAGAAACAGAAGGUCAUAAAUGAAUGUGUUGAAGCUGAAAAGUGGUUUAAUGAGAAGCAGCAGCAGCAGAACUCACUUCCAAAAUAUGCCAACCCUGUACUCUUGUCAGCUGAAAUAAGAAAGAAAGCUGAAGCUGUCGAUAGGUUCUGCAAGCCGAUUAUGGCAACACCAAGGCCAACCAAGGCGACUACUCCACCAGGACCAGCAACACAUCCAUCUUCUCAGAGUGAUGAACAGCAGCAGCAGCAGCAACCUCCUCAGGGGGAUGCUGAUGCCAACAGUAAUGAGAAUGGUGGGAAUAGCAGUAGUCAGGCUGCACCAGCGUCUACUGAACCAAUGGAAACUGAUAAGUCUGAGAAAACAGCCUCUGCCUAAUUUUUUGUUGUUGGUUUGCUCUCAAGUCUCUACUAUCUGUAUAAGCAUUUGAGUAUGAAUUGGGCCCAGGAAAAGAGAAUUUUGGUGGGUUGAUAGUGAGUGUGGCUCCUUGGAUGAUUGGUGUAAGUAGAACCCUCUCGGUUGGUUGGUUGGUAACGUAAGUUUUAAUUAAUAUUAUGGUGGUUCUUUGGAAUCCGGAUUUUUUUCACAAAGAAUUUUGAAGAAAAAACGACAAUGUGGUUGGAAUUGGCCAGAAGAGUUACUUUCUCUAGGUUUAUAUAUAGAUUAGUUAUAUAAGAUUGUUAGACGAUGGAUGAAUUGUAAUGCUCGUUUCCCGUUUAAUAUUUGCGUUUAUUUUACGUGGCAUUAUAACCCUUGCUAUACCAUUAUUGGUUUCAUGUUCGAGACAAGACAGUCCUGAAACGGUUCGACGAUCAACUAAGUAAUAUAACCGGUUUGAUCUGGUUGUUAGAUUGGAAACGUUAUAGAAGUGUGACUCGGUCAGUUUUUUUAGUGAACUGGUGGUCUAGUUGGCCAAAUCAGUUUUAGUGAAUCGUUGAUCUGGAAGGUUUUCGAGUGA